CCUAAAUAUCCAAGAUGGAAUCUAAACCAAAUAAAAAAGCAAAAUAUCCAAGAAAAGUCAAAGGAACUGUGAAGCAAAUCCAAUCAGGAGAUAGCAUUAUUAUUACUAAAAAGAAUAAGAACGGCAACACUGUGGAUCAUACAUUUUACUUAGCAAGCAUCAUGGCUCCAAAGGUAGGAACUCCUCAAAGAGAUGAAGAGCCUUAUGCCUAUGAUGCAAAAAAGUGGCUCAUGGAGAAGGUUGCAGGUGUCAAAGCUGAGUUCCUUGUUGAGUAUGAAAUCAACGGAAGAGAGUGUGGAACUCUAUUCAUCAAAGACAAAAAUGUUAACGUUGAGAUAGCUAAAACUGGAUUUGUUAAGAUUCAUGAGAAAAAGAAAGAAGGUAUGCAGUCAAGCAAAUUCUAUCCUGAAAUCGCUAAAGCUGUUGAGGAAGCUAAGAAAGGACUAGGAAUGUACAAUGAGGGAGCAGAUCAUGGAAAGCAUAUCAGACAGCUAGUUUAUUCUAAUACACCUGAGUUUGAUGCUGAGGCUGUACUCAAGAAGAGCAUUGAUGUUGGAAAACCAUUUAAGGCAUAUGUUGAGUAUGUAUUUUCCCAAAAUGCAGUCAAUGUUUAUGUUGAAACUCUUUCUGUUGUAACACGUGUUGCUUUCAAUCAUAUCUACACUCCAGGUCAGGAAAGAGCAAAAUGUGUUGAAGCUAAGGAAUUGAUCGAGAAAAUGAUUCUAAACAGAGUUGUUGGAGUAACCUUCCAAAGACUUGAUGAUCAUGGCAAUCUUGUUGGUCGUAUCCAUCAUAAGAAUGGAGAUAUUGAUUACGAAUUGGUUAAGAGAGGAUUGUCAAAAGUGCUUAUUCCUCAAGAAGAUGGUUAUGAUAAAGCUCAUUACAAAAAGCUUAAGGAUGCUCAAGAUAUUGCUCAAAUUAACCAAGUUGGUCUUUGGAAAUCUUUGAAAGAAGAAGAGAGCAAGAAAAAGACUAAGUCUUAUGAUCCAAAGAAGAAGAACUUUGAAGCAAAAGUUGUGGAAAUUCAUUCAGGUGAUUCUCUAACUGUCCUUCCAGAAGGAGGAGAGGAAAGAAGAAUCUUCUUAGCUUCUAUAAAAGCUCCAACAAUUGCUAGAAAUGAUUCAAGCGAUCAUGAGCCAUGGGCAUGGGAAAGCAAAGAGUUUAUGAGGAGACAGGCUAUUGGAAAGAAAGUCAAAGUUGAAAUGGAAUUCCAAAGAGAAAUUGAAAUAAAGAAAGGUGAUCUCCAAGGCUCCAAACGUAUUAUGGAAUUCGCUACUAUUUUCAUUGGUAAAAAGAAUCUUUCAGUUGAAAUUCUUCAAUAAAGGAUUCGCUAAAACAUCUC